AUGCGGACAACGGUGCGCGAGCGCAGCGACGUGGCGCUCGGCCUGUUCAACGAUCGGCUUAUCGGCCGGGACUGGAUCGCACUGGAUUACCCCACGGUCGCCGACGUCGCGACGUUCCCCGCGAUCUCUCAAUGCGGCGACGGCGACAUCAGCCUGCACGGCUAUGAUGCAAUCGAAGCUUGGGAUGCGGCGCCGAAUGACCGGGGCGGAGCGGCCGUGAGCGACGAGAUCAUCCUGGAGCGGAAGGGCCGGGUCGGCAGCGUGACGCUGAACCGGCCGAAGGCACUGAACGCGCUGACCCAACCCAUGGUGCUGGGCCUGGACGCAAGGCUCAAGGAAUGGGCGGAGGACCCCGCGAUUUCGGUGGUGGUCGUGCGCGGUGCCGCGCGGGACGACGGGCGCGUGCCCUUCUGUGCCGGCGGCGACAUCCGCCUUCUCUACGGCGAGCAGGACGAUCCGGACCGCCACUUCGCCACGGUCUUCUACGCGCAGGAGUACCGGCUCAACACCUUCAUCUUCCGCUACCCGAAGCCCUACGUCGCGCUGAUCGACGGCGUCGUCAUGGGGGGCGGCGUCGGAAUCUCGAUCCACGGCUCGCACCGCGUGAUGACCGAGCGCGCCCUCUUCGCCAUGCCGGAGACCGGGAUCGGGCUCUUCCCCGAUGUCGGUGCCACGUACUUCCUGCCCAGGCUCACGGGCAAGGCCGGGCUCUACCUCGGCCUCACCGGCGCGCGCAUCGGCGCCGCCGACUCGCUCUAUCUCGGGCUCGCGACUCACGUCGUGGCCAGCGACGCGCUGCAGGCGCUGGACGAGACGCUGCUGGCUGCCGACUCCGGCAGCGACGCGCACGCGGCCAUCGACCGCUUGCUCGCAAACUGCGCCGCCGAUCCCGGCCCUGCCUCCCUCGCCGCCCGGCAGGCGGAGAUCGACCGCUGCUUCGCCGCAGGCUCGGUGGAGGAGAUCGUGGCCAACCUCGAGGCCGAGGGCUCGGACUGGGCGGCGGAGACGCUUGCGACGCUUCGUCAGAAGUCGCCGACCAGCCUCAAGGUCUCGUUCAAGCAGCUCACGGCGUAUGGCGAGCGGGACUUCGAGGAAGCGAUGGCGCUGGAAUACCGGCUCGCCAUGCACUGCAACCUGGGCGUUGAUUUCUUCGAGGGCAUUCGUGCCCAGAUCGUCGACAAGGACCGCAACCCGGCCUGGCGCCCGGCGCGGCUGGAAGAGGUGACGGCGGCGACGGUCGACGCCUAUUUCGAGAGCCGCCCAAGGGCGACAUGA